AUGUAUAAUCUCGCGAUAGCGGAGGAAAAUCCCAUCGAUUACGGAGAACAGGCCAAUACAGAUGCCGUCAAAAUGAGAGCAUACACAUUGGUUGAGCCCAUCGGAGCCAUACUGAAUGCCGCUGAGAAACGAUACAAAACACAGGGUUUAACUAUACCCACAAUAUUGUACGAAGACGUUAAGGUGUAUGUCUUGGAGACCCUUCCCUGGGUUUUUCAACAGUUCAAAGCCGUGGCCAACGAGACUAAUAGAGAGCGAGUGACCGCACAAUUCAUUGGCGAAGUCCACGGCUUUAAUUAUAUGAGCAAACGGUUGGACAAAAUCCGUUUGAGUGGUCCACUGAAUGUAGCAGGGUCGGCCUCGGAGUUGCUUGGUAAAAUUCAACAAACUGAAAAGUUUAUUCUGGAAUCACUCGAUCACGAAAUGGCCAUCGCUUCCCAUCCAGUGUGGGUCGCGUUUCACCUCAGGAUUAAAAACUUUAUGACCGCUGAGUUCCCCAAACUGUACAAGGCCAUUAAUGAAUUGCCCGAUGAAGAGACUAAACGCAAAAACCUCCAGGUGCUGCUCGCGGACUUGUCACACGCCACACUUCCCCCAUUAUAAAUUAUAGAUUAUUUUACUUAAUUCAUUGGCUAAUGUAUACAUUUUUAUUUUAAUAAAAGUUACUAUUUUUAAGCAUUUA